UACGAUUGUAUGAUCUUGUCUAACUUCAACGGCGCGUCACGGAGACAGCGAAUUUAAAAGCAUGCUCACUCUCCGUAGAUGUGUUGAGCACGGAUGAUGUAUAUUUCCUUCCCCGUUCAGAAUACGCUACUCAAUUCAAUUUCGCCCGAGCUUCCAGAUGCUCCGCCCGCCUACACAACGAUCGCUGGCUACACGGAUACACAACCCGAUGACACUGAGCCGUACGCGACGCAGUUAACGCUACCGUACAGGUGUACUUCAAAUGGGUAUUCGAAUCAAGUGUGUACUGGCUUCGCUCGCUAUUCUAAUCACUUCGACCAUCAGGCAUAUAUAGUUUCCGGACCUCAAUUCCAACACACUGUCAUUAUACGCAGUCCGGAGCCGCUUAGAAACCCUCCACCGGAUUACCUAUGCUCGUCUAUCCUGACAACUAUUUUCUGCUUCUGGCCAGUGGGAAUAUUUGCCGUUAUGAAGUCUUUUGAGACCAGGAGAAGCUCGACAAGAGGCGACGAAAACAUUGCAUAUUCAGCGUCACGAUCUGCGAGGAUAUUGAACUGGAUAGCUCUGAGUAUUGGCGUGGCGUUGGCCAGCGCUACGAUAAUCACACUGGCUAUCUUAACCCUCACAGCGCAAUGA